GCCAGGCCGCCCGAGCCGCCGCCGCGCCGCGCCCGCCCGCCGCGCGCGAUGCUGUGCUGGACGGCGGCGCUCGGCCUGGCCCUGAGCCUGCGGCUGGCGCUGGCGCGGAGCGACGCGGAGCGCGGCUCCCCAGCAGCAGCCCCCCAGGGGGACCUGUUGUUCCUGUUGGACAGCUCAGCCAGUGUGUCACACUACGAGUUCUCCAGGGUUCGGGAGUUUGUGGGGCAGCUGGUGGCUCCACUACCCAUGGGUCCUGGGGCCCUGCGCGCCAGCCUGGUGCACGUGAGCAGCCGGCCAUACACCGAGUUCUCCUUCGGCCAGCACGGUUCAGGCCAGGCUGUCCAGGAUGCCAUUCGUGCGGCAGCCCAACGUAUGGGUGACACCAACACAGGCCUGGCCCUGUCUUAUGUCAAGGAGCAGCUGUUUGCUGAGGCAGCGGGUGCCCGGCCCGGGGUGCCCAAGGUCCUGGUGUGGGUGACUGACGGGGCCUCCAGCGAUCCUGUGGGCCCCCCCAUGCAAGAGCUCAAGGACUUAGGUGUCACAGUCUUCAUCGUCAGCACUGGCCGAGGCAACUUGUUGGAGCUGUCGGCAGCAGCCUCCGCCCCUGCGGAGAAGCAUCUGCGCUUCGUGGAUGUGGAUGACCUUCGCAUCAUCACCCAGGAGCUGCAGGCCUCCAUCCUGGGCGCCGUGCAGCCGCAGCAACUCCACGCCUCCGAGGUCACGGCGCGUGGCUUCCGCCUGGCCUGGCCCCCGCUGCUGACCGCCGACUCCGGCUAUUAUGUGGUGGAGCUGGUGCCCAGCGCGGAGCCCGAGGCCGUGAGGCGCCAGCAGCUGCCCGGGGACGCCACGGGCUGGAGCUGGGCCGGCCUCCGCCCGGACACGGACUACGACACGGCGCUGCUGCCCGAGUCCAACGAGCGCCUCCUGGGGCCUCAGCGCCUGCGGGUGCGCACGCUGCCAGACGAGGCCGGCCCCGAGCGCAUCGUCAUCUCCCACGCCAGGCCCCGCAGCCUCCGCGUGAGCUGGGCCCCGGCGCUGGGCCCCGCCUCGGCGCUCGGCUACCGCGUGCAGCUCGGGCCGCUGCGGGGCGGCGCGGCGCAGCGCGUGGACGUGCCCGCGGGCCACAACAGCACCACGCUGCAGGGCCUGGCUCCGGGCACCGCCUACCUGGUGACCGUGACCGCCGCCUUCCGCUCUGGCCGCGAGAGGGCGAUGUCGGCCAAGGCCUGCACGCCCGCCGGGGAGCGCACCCGCGCCCCGCGCCCCGCGCCCCGCGCCGACGCCCGGGGGUGAGCCGCCCGCCCUCCCCUCGGCGCCCUCCUCCCGAGCCCGGGCGGGACGCCUUGCCCAGCGCCAGGCACACGAGUCGGACGGUCAGGGUGCCCGAAGCCAGGUGGGCAUCGGACCCGGGACGGAAGCUGGCAGGCGGCCGGCCCACGUGGGACGCCGGGCCUGUGGGCGGCCAGGGCCCGCACGGGUUGGAGGUCUGGGGGCGGGCAGAAUGAGGUGGGUGCGGGGCCCCGAAGGCCAGGGCUUCAAGCCUGCAGGAAAGGAAGGGCAGGGCGGGCUGCUGAGGUCGUCUUCCCUAGGCCCUGCCAGCCCGGUGGGCAGUGCCGACUGGACUCGCUGGCCUCCACUUCCUGCCCUGGACUGGCGCGGCCCCAGCUAGCAGCAGCCCCUGGGUCGCAGGGUGCACUUUUUGGAAGGCAUGGGACCAGAGUUUAGAGCCAGCAGUGUACCUGGUAUUUCCAGGUUCUAAGAGCAGCACUCAAGUGACAUCUCCUGCUUCACAAUCGGCGGGGAGAGACAGGCGCCCAGGGGGCUCACCCAGUGCUGAUGGCUACACCAUCACUGCCUACUGCCUGGAGACUUUAGGCAGGGACAGGGAGGACACGGCUGUCCCUCUGGCCCCUGUCCAGGCAGAGCCACUGAUCCCAGAAUGGCCUACCAAAACUCAAACUCACUUUGCGUUUCUUCCCUACUAACAAGCCAGACCCCAAACUCCAAUAAAUGAGAUAUAAAGCCAGCGUGCAGUCUCGCUAGAAUACUUUCUUCCUGUCAAAACACUCCAGUCAGUGCCAGUGCCUGUAAUCUCAGCUAUUCAGGAACCUGAGAUUUGGAGAUUGAGGUUCAAAGCCAGCUCAG